AUGGCGAAACCAAAAGUACUCAUCAUCGGAUGCGGCGCUGUGGGCUUGUCCCAGGGCUACGUUCUCUCUGCCGGCGCAGACAUCACCUACCUCGUCCGGCCUGGCCGCACACCCGCCUUCGCACCGCCAAAACAGCUCUACUCCUACAAAGACGACGCCCUGUACACAUUCAGCUCCUACCGCGUCAUCGAGUCCGCGACAGAAGUGAGCGGCGAAACCUUCGAAUUCGUCUUCGACACCUUGGACGGGCACACGGCGCGCUCCCCCGGCGGCGUCGCCACGCUCUCCUCGGUCGGCGACCUCCUCAACGAGCCCCAGAACGCAUCCAGCUUCGUGGCCUACGACGCGCUCGGCCUCGACAUCGACGCGCACUAUGCGCGCACCCUGCGCGUUGCGCCCGAGCGCCUCACCCUCGCCUUUAGCAUGCUCGCGCACCAGCCCACGCCGCAGAUCUCCGUCCCGGCGGCCGCGAACAAGGACCUCGUUGCCAAGGCAGACCUGCUGUACUCGCACAUCCCGCCGAACGUCGGGCUGGCCGUUGUCAACGCACGUCCCGCGCUCACGAAGCGGAUCGAGGCCGUGUACGCCGCCAACGGCAAGCUGCGCAUCCAGCGCAUGCCGGCGUGGAUUAUUUCCUGGGCCGGGCUGCUGGCGCCGCUGCACCUCAUGGCGUGGAACAUUGACGGGUUCGGUACGCUUGCGCGGCUGCGCGCGAACAGCGAGCUGUGGGCGCUGAUGCUGCGCGCGCAGACGGAGAUCCUCAGACUGCCGCGGUUUGGGUGGGCGGGUUGGCUGCUGUCGUUUGUGUUGGGGAGCUGGGCGACGAUGAAGAUGAACGAGCCGAUUUGGAAGUUCGCGGCGCCAAUGGACGCAGCGGAGUUCAAUGCGUUUCACCAUGGGGGAAAGGUGGCGACGCAGGAUGUUGUGGUGCUGGAGGAUGUCCUUCGGGAGGGUGAGAGGGUGGGACGGAAGAUGGAGGCGUUGAGAGAGGUGGUCAGGAGGGUUAGGGCGAUCCAUGCUGCGUGA